UUCAAUAUUCAAAGAAAACUAAGUCGAAGAGGGUUCAACACCUACUAUAACCACAUAAAAAAUAAUUUUAAUCAUGUAUAAAUAAUAUAUUUUUUCGUCGAAGGGGUUUCGGACGAACCCCCUAAAGAGAGCUGGCUCCACCUCUGCUGGUAGAGAGGUUGUUUCCAAUAGAUACUCGGCUCAAGGAGAAAAAGUUUGAAAUAGUCCACAAAAUAAAAUAGCAGAAGUACGAGCAAUAGGAGAUAGUAGCAAAAACAACAUAUAGUAGCAAAAAUAGCAGAUAAUAGAUAAUAACAUGACAGUAAGUACAACAAAAUAAUAUGAUAGUCAAAGUACGAGAAACAAAAAAUCAUAACAGAAAUUGAGGUACAGAAACUACUGGAACAAUUAGAAAACUUUACCUAAAAUGUGGUGUUUCAGACCCGGUAGAAUAAUUUUGUCCAAAUUGUGAUACUCUAGAAGUUCUAGGCUUUGGUCUAGUGGUAAGAGCACAACUUAUGAUGUGUGGGUGAGGUGCACUCUGCAGCUGACAAAAUGGUAUUUAAGUGGAGAAGGACAAAGGGGCGGCCCGAUUAUCUAUGGAGUUUUGAACCAUCCACCACUGGGUGUUGGGAAUUCCUCAAUUAUCAAAAAACUAAAAGCAAAUUUUGCUACUUGAGAACGAGACACAAGGCCACCCAGCUUCUUAAUAAGGGGAGGAGCUGUUGGCUUAGGCUCUACAAAACUUGCACCAGCUUUUACAUAAAUUGGACCUCUUUUGAGGAAAUGGAACAAAUGAGAUUUCUUGGAGUUGACCGUAGACGCUUGCAGAUCGAUGAGUAUGAAUGUGGUACUGUGCAGUGUCUGAUACGUUUGCUUUAGUGCCAUGCCCUUAGUUAAACAAUUUAUCUUUCUUACUUUGUAACUAAGCCUGAUAGUGAAUUUCAUCUUUGUACCUCUGCCCAUGGCCACUCUUUCACCUUUCUCCUCUCCCUUUCCACUCCCAAAUACUAGCUCAAAGUUUCAGUCUCCGUUGCGUCAACCUGAUCUAGAGCAGCUAGAAGCACAACAACAUCAGCUGCAGCCACAACAAGCUGCUGUCGAGCAGGUAAAUGAUGAGAGUCUUCACGGUUCAUCUACCAAAACCCCUGAAUCAGGUGUUAGUUCUAAUCAUGCUUCUGGCAAUCAUUCGGCAACUGCAUACCAUGUUGCGUUCAAUCAAGACUACGGCUGCUUUGCUAUUGGCACUGAUCGCGGUUUCGGAAUAUUUAACUGUGUCCCUUUCUGUGAGUCCUUUUGUCGAUACUUCGAACAUGUAGGUGGUAUUGGAAUUAUUGAAAUGCUCUUUCGCAGCAAUAUAUUAGCCUUUGUUGGACGUGGAGACCAUCCUCAAUAUCCCCGAAACAAGGUCAUGAUUUGGGAUGAUCACCAAAGCCGUUGCAUCAGUGAGCUUUGUUUCCGGUCAGAGGUACGCAGCAUCAGGCUUCGGAAGGACUGCAUCGUGGUAGUUCUUGAGCAGAAGAUAUAUGUGUACAAUUUUUCUAAUCUGAAGUUGCUGUUUCAAAUUGAAACAACUGCAAACUCAAAGGGGCUCUGUGAGGUUUCACAAAAUGCUGGUCCACUCGUAUUGGUUUGCCCUGGGCUUCAAAAGGGUCAAGUUCGGGUCGAACAUUAUGCAUCAAAUAAGACAAAAAUUAUUGUAGCGCAUGACUCGAUGCUUGCAUGUUUUGCUCUUACGAGGGAAGGCAACCUGCUAGCAACAGCAAGCACCAAGGGUACACUAAUCCGGAUAUUCAACACGCUUCAAGGUACAUUAUUACAGGAGGUAAGAAGGGGUUUGGAUAGAGCAGAAAUACAUAGUGUUUCAUUCUCUUCAACUGCUCAGUUGCUAGCUGUCUCCAGCGACAAAGGCACCGUUCAUGUUUUCAGCCUCAAGGUCAACCGAGGGAACUUGAGUGCUAACAAGUCAAAUUGUUCUUCCAACUCCCGUGCUCCUGUGGCGACCUCUAAUUCAUUCUCCUUCAUCAGAGGAGUUCUUCCCAAGUAUUUUAGCUCAGAAUGGUCUGUGGCUAAGUUCCGACUGCCUGGAGUUUCUCAAUGCAUAGUUACAUUUGGUAAUGAAAAGAAUACACUGAUAAUUCUGGGCUGGGAUGGAAGCUUUUUCAGAUGCAAGUUUGAUCCAGCAUCUGGCAAAGAGAUGACUCAGUUGGAAUAUCACAACUUUCUGAAGCCUCAACAACCUUGUAAUGGAACAUAUGGAUGACAGCGUUCAUGCCCAAAAAGGAUACUAUGGCUUCCCUUUUUCGCUGCUUGCAAAUAGUAGUAAAAAGGCUUUUUGAGCAUCACAUGUAGCUUGAUAUAGCAUAAUCAAGUUAUCAUAGAAAUAAAAAAUUCUUUUAUGUAUAUAUCAUAGAUGUUGAACUCUCUUGAUGAAAAUCUUGCCAAUGCUAGUUUUAUCAGCACAUACCAAGUACAAAUCAAAGUUACUGUGUUCA